AUGCAGACGAAUAAAGGCAAGGCCGAGGCGCUAGGAAGAAAGGCAAAGCUUGCCAAUUCGUACCAAGAACUACUCGAUGAAUUCUCAAAUACGGAUCUUAAGAAUGUUGGGAACUAUUCGCUAGGGAGGCUCAUAGGAAAGGGUUCCUUCGGAAAGGUCUACCUGGCACAUCAUAAGCUCACCAACGGCUCCAAGGUCGUUCUCAAAUCAGCCAAGAAGGAUGAUUCAAACCUGGCGCGCGAAAUCCACCACCACCGGCAAUUCGUCCACCCUCACAUUGCCCGCCUGUACGAGGUCAUUGUCACCGAAUCUAUGGUGUGGCUCGUCUUGGAGUACUGUCCUGGUGACGAGCUGUAUAAUUAUCUCUUGGAACACGGGCCUCUUCACGUUGAUAAGGUGCAGAAGACGUUCACACAACUCGUUGGUGCCGUUUCGUAUGUCCAUCAGCAAUCCUGUGUACAUCGCGAUCUGAAACUGGAAAAUAUCUUGCUUGACAAACAUGAGAACGUCAAGUUGGUUGAUUUCGGCUUCACCCGCGAGUACGAGGGCAAGUCGAACCAUCUGCAGACCUUCUGUGGCACCAUAUGCUAUUCAGCACCAGAAAUGCUCAAGGGGGAGAAAUACGCCGGAGAGAAGGUAGAUGUUUGGAGCUUGGGCGUAAUUCUCUACGCGCUACUCUGCGGCGAGCUACCUUUCGACGACGAUGACGACAACGUCACGAGGCAGAAAAUAUUGUCGGAGGAACCGAAGUACCCUGACUAUCUUCCCAGCGAUGCCGUUGCGCUGAUCAAAUCUCUUCUCUCGAAGAGGCCACUGCUGAGGCCGGCAUUGCCCGACAUCCUGUCACAUGCCUUUCUAGCAGAACAUGCACCGCAGCAACAGGCAAUACUGAAGCUGCACCAGCCACUGCCGUUUGCUACAGCUUUGGAGAAGGAAUGCUUGGAACGGAUGCGCAGUGCUGGAGUGGAUAUAGAUGCUGUGAUAGAGAGUGUGCUGGCUCAGAGAUGUGACGCUCUGGCUGGUUGGUGGACCCUGCUGCUCGAAAAGGAGGAACGAAAGUCCCGAAGACGGGAGAGGAGGCGCAGGGAGAGAGAGGCCGAGAACAGGAACUCGCGUCGCUUCUCGGCGGCAUCCAGCAAGCUUGAGCGCAUGGCCCCUAUUCUUGACGAAGAUCCAACUGGGGCAGGGAUCUAUCGACUUGGGGAGUCGUCUUUGCCUAGAACACGUGGGCGCCCGGAAAGGAGAAGCGCCCACUAUGCCGAACUUGCCAUCCCAGACCUGCCCAAUCUGCCCGAGUCCCGCGAACGGGGCACCUUCAGUCCCGACACUGCGACGCCGCCGCCACCCAUCGACAAAGACUCGAUUCGUUCGGUCAGCUCGUCUCGACAUCGUCGGCCCAUACCACCUCCCAAGGAGGGCAUUCUCCGAAGCGCGAGAUCUAGAGGCUCCACGCUCCAUCUUGUGACUACUUCGGACGCACUGGGCGGCCAUGGCGUACGCGAACAAUCCGCCCCCCAGAAAGUCCGCAAAAAGCCAUCACAGGCCAUCGUGGCUACCUGGAAGAAUUGGACUCACUGGAUCGUGGAGAACACAAGGAGGCAUAAACCAAACAAACGAGGGAGUCAGUCUACGCCUAAUCUGGUCCACAAAGACGGCCAGUCGGGCGGAAAGGGCUCCAAGGAGGCCAGUCCGCGACCGCAUACCAGUAAAUAUCCUGCGUCGGGAUCGGGUCAGGUCAUAGCCAGUGGCCAGAACUCACCGGGCCUACUCAACGGGAACGCUAAGGACCCGAGCAGGUUGGGUGGGAAUCCGUCCAAGAAACCCACGCCAGCGCCGAUAUCGACCUCUUCUCACCCAGGAAGUCGGCUGGCCUCGUCGACAAGUUAUAAGCGCCAGUCGUUGUCGCCUGUCCCUUUAACGCCCCGAUCCACGGUCCGCCGCACAUCCACGGGGCUUCGGGGACGGAAAUCGACCUCGUCAUCACUGUCCUCUAUUCGAACUAUGCCACAUCACCAUCACUCGCAUUCCAAGGCCAGCUCGACCAGCUCCAACGGAUCUGUGUCGACAACAAAGACGCCGCUCGGGACGGGGCGGUCGCCACACCACUCGGUGAAAGUUCUUCCAGCUACACCGACCAGCACAUCGUUCCCGUCCAACAUUCGUCUAGUGCGCGGCCCGGCACUGAGCUUGAAUUUUAACGAGGGUAUGCCCUCUGGCGGGUCGUUGGCAAACAAUCCGCCUGGAUCCCCGAACCCGUUUGGGCCAGGAAGCCCGUCCGUGUUGUUCGCCAAGCGGAAGCGAAGCAUAUUUAAGGGGCCCACGCUAUCGAUCGGCAAUUCAUCUGGAGGACGCAGCGGUACAACGUCCAGCAGUCACAGCCGGAGCGCGAGCGCCAGUGGACUAGGGAGGAGGAGCGGCGAGAUCACGAUUCAGGAGGAAGACGAGGAAGCGGCGGAGUUUAAGGGCGAAGAGGACGUCGAGGAGGUGGAUCAGUUCUCCCCGAUCAUUCGAGGCCCGGGAGAGAAGAUCGAGGAGAUAUACGAGGGCGAAGGUGAAGAUGAAGGCGCAGGCAAUGGCCAUGCUGUCGGACUAAGCGUUGGCGCAUCUGGCCAUUGA